AUGUCGGUCGUCGCUUCCGCGACCUCCCCGGGCUCCGUCGUCUCCCCGCGCGCGACGCGCGUUCUCUCCAGGCGCGUCGCGCCGACCGCUCGCCGCCCCACCGUGCGCGUCAACGCCGGCGAAGCCAACGACGAUGACCAGGAGCUCGAUUUCGUGACCCGGAUGGUGAUGAACGUCUUCGGCAAGGACGCGCUGGACGACCCUGAGCCCAUGGGCCUCAAGCGCAUGACCAAGGAGGAGUGGCCCGACCAGUGGCCCGCGCUCGUGGACGGCACCGUCGCGGAGCUCCUGCCCACGGACGACACCCCGGAGCUCAAGAUGGCGCGCGCGGUGUGCAAGCAGACGCAGUUGGAGUUCCAGCCCCUCGGGCUCGCCUACGACGCGAACGUGCACGGGUGGCGCGCCUCGUCCUUUCACACGCAGCUGGACGGCCAGGGCGCCGCCAUCCUCGUCGCCACCGCCGCCGACGGGACGGUGUUCGGAGGGUACAACCCGAAGGGCUGGCUCGGGUACGGCGAAUGGCUCGACGCCAUCUCCGCGUUUCUGUUCGUCUACCCCAGGGGACCGCUGGGCGUGGGGGGCGGCGGCAAGGCCGUGAAGCUCGCCAAGUGCGGCGGCAGCGGCAUGGCCAUCAUCGACGAGGACAACAAGGGGCCCAAGUGGGGUCCCGACGGGCUGCAGAUCGACCUGGAGAACAGGACCGCGCGGUCGCGGCUGGGCACCUAUUACGACAAGAUGCCGGGCGGCGGGAAAUCCAUGUUCGGCGGCGUGAGCCUGGGCGGCGGCGGCGGCGCGGCGCAGCUGAGGGACCUGAGGGUGUACGUCGCGCUCGGGGACAGCGAGAAGGCGAAGAAUUACGUGCCGAACAUGUUCCAGUUCGGUAAAGGGGAGCUCGAGAAGCUUCGAGAGAACGAUCCGAAGCCGGGCGAGCCCCGGGGCGACGGCGGCGGCUUCAAGAUGCCCAAGAUGCCGUGGGACUAG